ACCUGCCAGCACCCCUCCAAACGUCUUUUAAAUGUUACGAUUGUACCAGCCUCCACCAACUUCUGCCUUGUAAAAUCAUUAUAAAGACAUCUAAAAGUUAAAACAAAAAGACCCAUUUACGAACGUAGGGCUUUGGAUUUCUUCAUGACAUCUGGUGAACAUCUCAAGAAAUGCCUCAUUAAGCGCUUUGGGGCGGGGUGCAGAAACGGGUUUCUCAUUUCUAGUUCUGGUGGAGGCUUUUGUCUGGAGUAUACAAACGGGGCGGCUGUGCGGAAAAUGGACCUUAAACACUUGGGUGAAACGUUAGAACAGGCCGCAAAACAAAAGCAGUCACUGUGUCUCACCUCCCGGGUUGAAAAGGUCUCUUUAUUAAGUCACUGGUUAAAUUUAGACUAAGCGUCGCAUUUCUCCUCGGGGUCACAACCUAGAGCUGUUCCAUUGAAGAUCAGACAGGUUCUUCUGGCGGGUUGGGUCAGAGUUAGCCCCGAAAUGUUGUGGGGUUAGAGUAGAGGCGUCUCCCAGUCCCGGCUGCGGGUGGUUCCUGCUGCCUACCCCGGGGUUUGUAUCAGUCUCUGUGGCCUAAGGAGGUAGAUCUGGGGCUAUUUCCCUGAAACCAUGAGGGCGGUGUCGGUGUGUGGCGGCUCGGUUUGCACAGUGAGAGCACUUUGGGAAGAAAGGAUUCAAAAACUGAAGGAAGAACGAGAGAAAGAGAGCGAGCGGUCGAAACGGAAGGCGCCCACUGGGUUAACGAUGGUGUGGCAGAACCGAAUAAAUCUGGCCAGGCUCAAAGAGAAAGUGGUUACCGAAGAGGGGAGAGUUGUGCUGAGGAUUGAGAAGGAGGAAUGGAAGACACUACCAGAUGCAUUACAACAAAUGACAUACAUACAAGCAUGGCAGAUCCAUAGAACUAGCUUGGAAAUUAUUCCUCGAUUUAUUGGAAAAUUUGAUAAUAUUCUUGUUCUGGAUUUGUCACGGAAUUCAGUCAAGGAGAUUCCCAAGGAAAUAGGACAAUUGACCAAAUUGCGAGAGCUAUACAUCAGUUACAACAGAUUGCGUGCAGUGCCUGAGGAGCUUGGCGACUGUGAGAAUCUGGAGAAACUAGAUCUUGCUGUGAACAGGGAUCUCUGUGAUUUACCUGAACAGCUUUCUCAUCUACAAAAGCUGUACCAUCUUGACCUGUCCAUGAAUUGUUUCACUACAUUCCCUUCAGCUAUUCUGAAUAUGCCUGCACUGGAAUGGUUAGAUAUGGGCAGUAACAAACUGAAAGAACUGCCAGAAGAUGUAGCGAGAAUGGAAAACCUACACACAAUUUGGCUACAGAGGAAUGAAAUCGCUCACUUGCCAGAAGCCAUCAAUAAAUUGAAAAAUCUCAGUACUCUAGUUUUAACCAGUAACAAGCUACAGGAAAUCCCAAUUUGUAUGGAAGAAAUGAUCAAUUUACGGUUUGUGAAUCUGAGGGAUAACCCUCUUCAGCUUCAAAUAACUCUACCCCAGUGUGAAAAUCCAGAGGAAGAGGAAGACCGUGAACUGUUUGGGAUAGAAUUUAUGCAAGCCUACAUUCAAGAAUUAAAAAGUAGCAAAACUAAAACAUAUACCUCAGAACUGUCUGUUACAAUUGAGGCUGAAAUAUCCUACUGAAAACAAGUUGCCUUCUGAUACAAAGCA